CGUUGGACUCCGCAUCUUAUUAGCAACAAGGGAGAUUUCUCCAUUUUCCACCCUGUCUACAGCGACACAGCCACAAAUCUGGGAUUUUUUAUUACUUCUCUUAACUUGGCAGGCUUUUUUGCGAUUUACCCAUUUUGUUCACUGCGACUGGACUUCGAUUACUUCUAGUGUAAACUUUUCAAAGGGGGGGCAAUUGUACUGAUCUGGCGUAUAAGAAAGAGGUUUGUGGUCUUUGUUCGUUUUUUGGAUAGGCUGAGUUUCUUUGUUGGACAGAAAGCAUGGGAGCGCAAUUCUCCAAGACCGCUGCAAAAGGCGAAACCGCGGCUGAAAAGCCAGGAGAGGCGGCUGCUUCACCGUCUAAGACAAACGGCCAGGAAAACGGGCAUGUGAAAGUGAACGGAGACGCCUCUCCCGCUGCAGCGGAGGCCGGGAAGGAGGAGGUGCAGGCCAACGGCAGCGCCACCGCGGAGGAGAGUCCGAAGGAGGAGGCGGAGAAGGCAGAGGCGGCCCCCGCAGAGAAAGAGGCGGCAGAGGGAGACAAGGAGAACGCGGAGGCGGCAUCUCCUGCCGCUGCCGACGGAGAGGGCUCGGCGAAGGCAGAGGAGGGCGCCACGCCCUCCACCAGCACCGAGACCCCCAAAAAGAAGAAGAAGCGCUUCUCUUUCAAGAAGUCCUUCAAGCUGAGCGGGUUCUCCUUCAAGAAGACCAAAAAGGAGACGGGAGAGGGUGGGGAGGCCGAGGAAGCCGCCGCCGCCACCUCCACGGAGGAAGCUAAGACCGAGGCCGCCGAGGCACCCGAGGCAGCUGAGGCCAAACCGGCUGAGGAGGAGGCCGCACCCGCUGCUGCCGAGGAGACGAAGGAGGAGGCGGCCGCCUCGCCGGAGGCCAAGCCUGAGGAGCCCGCAGCCGAGGAGGCAAAGGCCGCCCCCGCCCCGGCAGCCGAGGAGCCCAAGGAGAAGGUGGAGGAGAAGCCGGCCGAGCCCGCCCCUGAAGCCAAGCAGGAGGAGGCCCCGAAAGCGGAGGAGCCCGCACCCGCACCUGCCACGCAGGAGCCUGCCUCCAGUCCGGAGGCCCCGGCUGCUGAAGCCGCUGAGUAAACCCCCCCCCCAGACGCCCAGAGCAACGGAAAGAAAAAAGAAGAAAAAGGAGAAAAAAAAGAUAAUCAAAGAACUUUUUUCCCUGUUUGUAUGUGGGAGCGGUGCCAGGGUCCUGGCUUUUGGAGAACUUGUCCUACAACCAGGGAUAUUUUAAAGCUUUUCUCUCUCUCUUUUUUUUUUUUUUUAUUUUUUCCCCUACCCCCUCCACAAAACCCAUCUCGGUCCAUUGUUACUACCAUUCCAAGGGGCAGAGAGGUGGGUGGCUUAGAUAAGUAAUAUGGAAAAAAAAUACAUCCACACUCUGCCGUAUACUUUUUUUUGCAUCAGUAUUAAAUGUUUUUUUUUGUCGCAUAUUUUGCAUUUUUUAUACAAAAUGUAAACUUGUCAAAAUGUAUGGACAUGCCCAUGGUAUGAAGGAGGAGGGUGGUCAAAAGUUGAGAUGUAAAUGAAGGGAUGAGGGGGCGGGAGGGAGUGGGAAAGGGGCGGGAAACGGCACCUUUGUUGCCUGGGAGACAUGCCACAGAUUAUGAUGUAAAGGGUAGUCUUAAAAAAUGAAAUUACAAAUGUCUUUUUGUGUACCAUAAGUGUACCAUGCGGUUUACAACACUAAGUCAUUUUUACUCUGAGAAGACAACAAAAAGAUGAGAAAUUCCCAGAACUAGGUUUAGGAGGUCAUUUUUAAAACCAUAGAAGCUUUUCACUUCUCUCAUUAGCUGUACCAGUCAGUGAUUCAGUAGAAAUACAAGUUGUAUAGGCUUUCCUGUUUAUUGCUGGUUUUAUGACCUUAAUAAAGUGUAAGUAUGUAUAGGCGGGGUGUUUUUAACUGUGAUUAUUGUACAAAUGAAAUCUUGAUCUCAAGAAGCACAUGAAGUCUGCAGCUCUUUUCCACCCUGCUCAUUUUGUAAGAUAACAAAAUACAAAGUCAUCCUGGAAGACCUUUUAAGCAAUUUUUGAACUCAAAACCAAGCUGUGAUAAGUGGAAUGGUUACUGUUUAUAUACUGUGGUAUGUUUUGAUGACAGCAGACAAUGCUUUUCAUUCAGUGGUCUUUGACAAAUUAAGGAAUCUUUAUCAGAUGCAAUGUUUGUGUAGCAUCUUGUCUCUUUCUUUUCUUUUGUAAAUACUGGAGAAGCUUUGACCAAUUUGACUUAGAGAUGGAAUGUAACUUUGCUUACAAAAAUUGCUAUUAAACUCCUCUGCUGAAGGUGUUCUAAUUUUCUGUGAGCACACUAAAAGCAAAAAUAAAUGUGAAUAAAAUUUA